AUGAGUAGUCCAAAUGUCAAGCUGAGUUAUUGUCGUAUAUAUUCGUCGGGGAAGGACUUGCCUUCUCCGUGUCAAGCGCUUUGA